AUGCAGCUUGAAAAGGUAGUGUGUGGAAGAGGCGGUCCAAGGCGGCGUGGACCCCCGAGAAGACUGGGACCAGGCAGCAGCCGCGGCGUGGGCUCCCGGCGCUCCUCCCGCCUCCCAGCCCGUCGCACGCCGAUGCCCCCGCCCACCGCGCCUGCUGCAAGUCAGGGACUCACGAGCAGCAAACAUACCGGGGAACUUGCUCCUCGAGGGGAAGGUGGGCCCGGCAACCUGACCCUGCGCGCAGCCCAGAGAAGCGAAAACUUGUGGAAAUCGGACCAUGCCCUCGGGGUACGGAGUCAAGGACACAGGUCCCCAACGGGCACAAGAAACAGGUAG